AUGGUGGAAACACCUGUUCCUCCAGAGCAAAUUCAAGACAGUGAAAAUUCUGGGCUUCAGGUGAUGCCUGAAGAAGUGACCUAUGCAACUCUCAAGUUUUCAGGUCCUAAGACGAAGGAACCCCGGGAGAGCCACAGUCUCAAAAGAAUGGACAACCAUGAAGUGCCUGAGUUGGAGCUGGGUGUUGCAGCUGAAACUGCAACAGGGAGCAUUGAGGGCACAGCCAAGGCGGCCAAGAGCAGAGCUGUGAGAGUUUUCCUCAUAGGACGUAGCACUCCGUCGAAGGUGUGGUGCCCUAUUGCUUUCAUUUCACUGUUGCUGAACCUGGUGGUGCUGGCUGGACUGGGAACCCUGGGCUUAACGAAUUACUACAAACUCAUCAUCUUCGGCAGCAGGACACAUUAUGACGCGCAAGAAACUGUAACGGAACGGGUGGAGAGAACUACGACAUUACCCACGAAUAUGCCUACAAAUGUCUCAGACCCGGGAUUUUACUUAUGCUCAGAGUUGUGGAUAUGGCAUGGAAGUAGCUGCUGUUACUUUUCUGCUGAACUAAUGAGUUGGAAUAUGAGUAACAGUGACCAUGGAAAGAAUCACUGCUCCCUGAUGAAUAUGGGCAAUGGGGAAAACUGGAAUAGAACCAAGCUGCUCAUUAGAUGUCUUCCAUCACCUAUCUCCUGGACGGAUCUGAAUUUUACUCUCGACAACACAAAUCACACAGCAGAGAAUGUUUCAAAUUUUUCCAUUUUGACAUGUUUGGUACCUCCGUAAGUAUUUCACGUGCCGAAACAGUGAAGUAUGCAGUAUUCAAUGGAAAUGGAAUAACUGGAAAAUCUAAUGACUCUAGUAGUUAUUGUAUCUGUGAAAACAAAGUAGAUGUACCAAAUUCUCAAUCUUAUGUAAAUGCAAACACUUGUAAUAAUGCAGGAUAUAGAAAUGACCGUGUAAGCUGAAACUAUGCAAAAACAAUCUCAGAAUCAAAUGGGGUAAAUCUGAUUGUUUUGUGACCUUUAAAACUUUCUGUCAAAACAUUAAAAACUCCCUUACAGUUGAUUGUAAUUGUAUAGGAAAAUUUUUUAAAAAGUGAAAUUAAUAUUACCUAGUCCACUUUAAUUUAAAAUAUUAGAAACAUUGAGAAUUAAAGUGGCUUAUUUUGCUUAUCAAAAGUAGCAUGAACAGUGGUACAACUUCUUGCAAUACACUUUACUAUCCAGAUGGAAUAGUUUUUUCUAUCUUAGGCAAAUUGUCACACUCUUUUCUAAGCUGGGAAUCAGCUUCUAUCACUUUAUCCUUUCUGCGCUCAAAGACAUGAAAUAUUUCCAAC